GGGAACUAACAAUGAGAUGAGCUGACAGGUGCCAAAUCCUGUCAGUGCUCUACUGGCAUCUGUCAAGUCGUUGUUCCGCAGCCAAGGCAGGCACCUAGACGUACAGGGUCUGGCCUUUCAGCGCGUCGGCGCCCGCGCCUGCCUGCCCGCAUUUCCCGCCUGCCAGAACGCUACAGGGGCAGAUCCCGCUGUUGUGCCUGAGCUUGGGCCUGUUUGAGGGGACACUGACGCUGAGAGGUGGCCCGGGAAGCUGUCAGCCUUCUGGGGAAGCUCCUGUUGUCGUCAAGUCGUCAGUCGUCACAGCUUCGCAGCCUCCAUCCCGAACCCCAACUUCCAUCCACUUGCCAACCAACAUCACCACUUCGUUUCCCUUGCCAGAUUUGCGACCAGUCCCGUUAUUUACCUAAUCUCCCCGGCGCAUCAACUACGAUCUACGAACGCAACAGCAUCACGAUUGAUAUCCAGCAGUAAACCAUGGCGUCCGGAUACGACAGAGCUCUUUCAGUCUUCAGUCCCGAUGGACACGUUUUCCAAGUCGAGUAUGCCGGCGAAGCUGUCAAGAGAGGUACCUGCGCGGUGGGCGUAAAGGGCAAGGAUGUCGUCGUCCUCGGUUGCGAAAAGAGAUCGGCCAUGAAGCUCCAAGAUACAAGAAUCACCCCUUCCAAGAUCGGUCUCGUCGACAAGCACGUCUGCCUCGCCUUCGCCGGUCUGAACGCCGAUGCCAGAAUCUUGGUGGACAAGGCUCGCCUAGAAGCCCAGUCGCACCGUCUCAACCUGGAGGAUCCCGUCACGAUCGAGUAUAUCACAAAGUAUGUUGCCGGCGUGCAGCAGCGGUAUACACAGAGUGGUGGUGUCCGUCCCUUUGGUAUUAGCACCUUGAUCGUCGGCUUCGACAACGGCAGCGAUGUUCCCAGACUCUACCAGACCGAGCCCUCGGGCAUUUACUCUGCAUGGAAAGCCAACGCCAUCGGCCGGUCGAGCAAGACGGUUCGCGAAUUCCUCGAGCGCAACUACAAGGACGACAUGGACCGGGAGGCUACUAUCCGCCUGGCCAUCAAGUCCCUUCUCGAAGUUGUGCAGACGGGCGCCAAGAACAUUGAGAUCGCCAUCAUGGCUCCCGGCAAGGAGCUCGAGAUGCUCCCCGUGGAGGAUAUCGAGAACUACGUCAAGAACAUUGAGCAGGAGAAGCAGGAGGAGGCGGACAAGAAGAAGAAGGGCCGGACUCCUGGUACGGGCACUGCUGCCAUACUGACCAGGAGCCAGGAUGAGCCAGGUGACCACUAAGGGGGAUGGCAAGAGCAAGCCGAAUGAGUAAAGGGGUCUCCGGCGGGAAUGGGUAUGGCAUGGUGUAGCAGAGAUGCCGUGAUGCUGCUGCUACUGCCAACCACGUCUCGAAAACAUAGAAGCCUCUUUUAGGUACAGAAAUAAUACCACGAAUGACGACCAAGCAAGUUACUGAACUGAACGG